AAAGUGAGGGUGGGAGAGAAAUGACAAAACCUGAGUGAUGGCACGGCUGCUGAUAGUGUCACUCUAUGAAAGCCGCACCAGCUCAGGAUGUCUUCAUGAAACUACUGUAUGUGCAAAGUCUGGAGUGUGUGUUGACCUUUGGGAUUAUAGUCAAGACUGUGUGCUGCUACAGCUGUGCAACGGGACAGGUGACUGAUUAGCGGCAGGAACGGACCAGGAGUUGGAAAAUGAUCUUUUGCUGAUCCUUUAUGCUGUCUGACCAACGGAGAGCGUUACUUGUGGACGUCGCGUUUUUGGCCCAUCUCACACAAGUAUCUUGGACGUUGUGCACAAAGCGUCUCAGAGAACCAGCAGUGGCCUGUGUCACAUGCUGACAAUCAGCACUUCUCCGGCUUUGCUGAGGUAGGAGAGUUGGCAAGGAGCUGGUUGUGCUACAAGCUUGCAAACAUGGAGCCUCUGGAGGAAUAUCACUCACCGUUUGACUUUGAACAAGGGGUCAACACCAGCUACCUUUACCUCUCGCCAUCCUACAGCGACACACCGCCCAGCUCGCCCGCACUCAGAACCAGAGAUGGACAGCAGCCUCCAAACUCUCUUCCAGAGAUAGGAGAAGAUGCAGUGACUGCUGUCAGUCAGCCAUCCUCUACACCGACCAUGAGUGAGGAGGAGCGACAGGAGCUGCAGGAGGAGCUGGUCAAGGUGGAGGACGAGAUCCAGACUCUGUCUCAAGUGCUGGCGGCCAAAGAAAAGCAAGUGGCCGACCUCAAGAGGAAGUUGGGCAUCACACCGCUGAAUGAGCUGAAGCAGAACCUCACCAGAACCUGGCAGGAGGUCACUGCUUCCAAUGCCGUUAGGAGAACAUCUGAAACGCUCUCUCACGCUGGUCUGGUGGCCUCUGCAGCCUUCUCCAAUAUGGGCACCGCUAUCAGCCGAAAGUUUGAGGACGUUAGCAUGCGAUCAUUGCAACACUCGGCUAGUAUGCCUGCGAUGAGGAAUGCACCAACUUUCAAGUCAUUCGAGGAGCGAGUGGGAACAUUAAAGACGAGGAUGAGCCCUUCAGCACCAGGUGGUGACACUGGUGACCAGACCUCCACGAGUCCCUCCUCAGAGUCACUGCUGGCUCAGCCUGAGGCCUUACCCAGCCAGGAACCACCAAUGCACUAAGACCCUUUAUGACCCCUCUCCCUCCUCUUGAACCCUUGACCCCUCAGUUGUUCACAUUUGUCUCCUCUCGUGUGCCAGUCCUUCUGUGCAGGAAAUGCUGGGUUGUCAGGGUAACGUUGGUCUUUUGUCAUGCCUCCCGAUGAGACCACUGGUUCAAGCUUGAAUACAGCCACGUCUAUCAAAAGUGGAAGCCCUUAAGUGCAGCUUUGAUGUUUGGUCACGCCCAAUAGAAGAUCCUGAUGUGACACACAGAGGGGGCCAUCAGCUGCAGUGUUUCCCUGUGUUCUCCGCUGUCUCUGUCCAACAUGUCGCUGCUCAUGUUAACCAAGAUCAUGGGACUGGGGAGUGUGUGUGAAGCCUCCUCCUCCUCCUCCUCCAAUCUCCUGGACCCUUUUGCCUUUGACUAACCGACAGAUGCCAAAACAAUUCUCUCAUCCAGUUUCCCUUUGACACACAGUAUCUUGUCCAGUUUGUGACAAAAAAAUGCCCAAAAAAGGCUUCAGCGAGAAGUUCUCAAACAGAUGGUUUACAAAGAAGGAAGUGAACGGCCAAUUGUGGAUCAUUUGAUGUUGUUUUUUCACUUGUUUGUUGGAUUUUCUGUUAUUAAAGCUGAUAGUGGGUCUCUUGUUGGUUUGGGGUGGGUGACUGUCGUCGGGCACUGUAUUCGUUAAUAGUAGUGCAACACUGUUCCAAUCUCAAAUGUAUUAGAAAGCUUUUAAAAAGGGGGGUUUGGGUUCUUCGCAGCAGCAGAAACCGGACCAAGGUCGGCCGAUACUGCAGAGUAAACACACUCAAGGUUCGGCCUUCAACCUGUGGGGGGGAGAGAAACAAAUGUCUGCUUCAGACCCCAUAUUUUAAACACUUUGCCAUUGUUUCUGUGAGGGAGGAAGCCACAAGCCUCCCCAAAUAAUGUGUGCUGAAGUCAUGUUGGAGGGCCGUGCAACAAAGUUACUGUUGUAAAAAAAAAAAAAGAUUCCCUAUUAAAAGAGUUCUGCUUGAAUAAAUGUGUGUUUUAUGAUUCUGCGAAAGUAAACACAGCAUCGUAGCCUUUUAAGUUGUACUGUAAGUGAUGAAGACAUGACGGAGAUUGGUGGAGGAGGCUGGCUUUCCGUGGCAAAGUGCACAAGUCUGUUUACGUCUGCGUCAAUGUGUUUUGUCUAAGAAGCAUGUCGAGGUUCACAUUCCUUGUCUUUGUGCAGGAAAUGCUUAAUAAAGGGUAUGA